AUGUCCUCUGAACCUGAUGUUGGUAUUGGAGUGGGAGAUGGUGGGAUUGAGGAUGGUGCAGAAAAGAACAGUGAGAAUGAGAUGGUUCAAAUUACUGAAGGAGAAGAGAAGGAGGGUGAAGGUGGCAAUGAGAAAAAUGCAAGGAAACUGAUGGCUUCCCGAUCAGAAAUGUGGGAACAUUUCAUCAAGAUAAAGGAUGACAAUGGUGUAGUGAAUAAGGGAAAGUGCAAGUAUUGCCAACACCAAAUAGCUGCUGAUACAACCAUCAAUGGUACAUCCUCAAUAUGCAUGCACUUUAAUACUUGCAAGUGUAACCCCCAUAAGUUCAACAAGUAUCCGAAGCAUGGUACUUUGCAAGCAACUUAUGGACAAGGUAUUAGCAUAUGGAAGUUUGAUCCUGAGGCGCUUAGGCAGGCUUUUGCUGAAAUGGUCAUAGAAGAUGAACUAUCUUUUGUAUUUGGUGAGAAGGCAGGAUUUAAAAAGUUUAUGUCUAUAGCUUGCCCACAUUUCAAUUCACCAUCUCGAAGGACAUGCACCAGGGACAUUUUUCACAAGGUCAUUAGCUUCUUCCAGGUAAAGGGCUAUAAGGGAGAUGACAUUGGGAAGAACUUGCAUAGAUGCUUGGUGGAAUGGGGGUUAGAUAAGGUUAUGACACUCACAAUUAAUAAUGCUUACCUGAAGAAGCAAUUGAAUAAUGCAAAGACUAUCAUACUUGGAGGCAAGUUUCUUCAUAUGAGAUGUGCUGCACACAUUGUCAAUCUGAUUGUUCAAGAUGGCCUUAAAGAAGUGGAUGCUUCGGUGAAGUGUGUCCGUGGUGCUAUUAGAUACAUCAAGAAUGGAGCAUCUCGGUUGAUCAAAUUCAAGGAGUUUGCUGAGGAAGAGAAGGUGGACAACAAGGUAUUCUUGAACCUAAACAUAUGCACUAGGUGGAACUCAACAUAUCUUAUGUUGAAAGCUGCCAUCACUUAUGAGAAGGUGUUUGCAAGGUAUUUGGAUGAAGAUCCGUACUAUGCAAUUGAUUUGGAUGAAGAUCUGUACUAUGCAAUUGUUUAA